AUGGAAAAGUCCAAGGACAAAAAGGAAUGCAUUCAGGCGGGGACCUCAGCUUCUGGAGGAGGUCAGAUUAUGAAAGCUGGACCCAAGAAGAGAUGUCGGGCGUUAUCGACAUUGAUCCAGUGUAUAAGAGCAAUCAGAUAUGAUGAUGGAAAGCUAGAUGCAACCAAGCCCAUUUCUACGGAGAUCAAGAAAAAUCUCCUCAACCCGCGAAACGAGUCCCAGGACGUACAACCCGCAAACGCCUACUACCCCCUCGCCUGGUCAAGGGCAAUGUCACUCGAUGAAGUAGCAUAUCAAAACGAACCCGACCUCAACAAGGCCGCUUUUAAGGAGAAACUAGGCCUGCCCACAGCAAUGAGGCUUGACAACGUCCUUGAUCCGUCUUCCUUACCCGUCGCAGUCACAAAAGGUCACAAGUUAUCAAAGAGGCUGCCGACUUUUGAGAUCCCUAAACACUGGCUGCCGCCUUCUCGAACUCCUUUACUCCCAGAAGAUUGUAGCGCUCUUGACAUCGAACGGAAAUCAAUCUUGGUGAAAAAGAAAAGCAAAAAGGUUCAAGUGCCGACCGCAACCUGUCGUCGGUAUCUCAGCGGUCGAGGAGCUGCUUCACAGGCUGGCACUGAAGAAACCAGUGAAACAAUGGUUCGUCCUCAGCAGGACAAUGCACAGUCGUCUGUCUCAACAACCGUUGACGCAGAUAACUUCACCAUCGAUAUGGAUCAUGUGGAAAACCUCCACCUCUUUGACUAUGAUGAAUUCGAGCAUGCGCAAUACGAAGAAGCGGAAAACCUACCAGAAUCUGUUAUCCCAAACCAGUAUUGGCUGCGCGGUAGUCCUAAUGUGGCGCUCGCAGUGACCAAAGAUGAUGAAAAGACAGGACACCAGAUACCAGUAGAGUUAGGCGCUGAUACGAGCAGUUCUACUGACAGCGAUGACUACUCGUCUCACAGUCAAUCUCCAUCGAGAAGUUCUGCUUGUUAUGCUGGUGUGCAGUCACCAUCUUCCAGAAUCAUGGUCGACACCGGUACGACCAUGUCAUCAUCGGCAACAGCAACAGCAACUCGGCCAACGUUCAAAUUUAAAACGCCAUACAACACCAGAGGCUCCUCACCCGCGCAAACAUAUGACCCGGAUCCCGAUGAGCUCCCGAAUCUCCAGCCCUCAACCAUCCGGCAGUGUUUCAAUGAGUCAGUUCAAGGUUCUCCCGUAAUUGAGGAUUUCCCUGCCGCUAAGCGAAGGCGGGAAUCACCGCGUGUGGUAAAGAAAUCCACUGCGGCGCCACUAUGUGCGAAGCUGCGAGGAUCAGUAGGAAACAACAACAACAAUGCCGGCUUUGAUGAAUCGCUCUACAAUCUCAUGGAUGACCUGUUGGUUAGCUCUUCUAGUUCGGAAGACACUCUGCCUGAAUUUGAUGUAUGA